AACGCGCUGGUCUUCAGCAAAAGAUUUGGUUAACCCUGAGCGAACUGGAAGAAACGCACUUUUUAUGUUAACGAGCGAGGAAAGAAGCAUGGGUGACCGGAUAAAACCGCUGAAAUUUCUAAGAGACGUUCUCCUUCCACCGGAAAUGAACGUAGAAAAAGAAAUGGUGGACGUUCUUCCAAAACUGCCGGCCCGAAAGGAGGAUAUCUUUAUUACGUCAUAUCCAAGAUCAGGCUCCACUUGGACUGAGGAAGUUGUGUGGCAGAUUCUUCAUGAUGGUAAAAUAGACGAGCGUCGAUUGGAUGAACGAAUGCCUUUUGUGGAAGGGAUUAUUCUGCCUAUUAAAUCUUAUCCCUAUACUGUAACAGACCCCGAGUCCGCCAAGAAAAUGUUUACCAGCUUCCCUGAGCCUCGCGUAUUCAAAACUCAUCUUCCUUAUUGCUUCGUCCCUAAGGGCCCUGAUGAAGCUGACAAGCCUCGAUACAUAUAUGUUGUGCGCAAUCCCAAAGAUGUGCUUGUGUCUAUUUAUCAUCAUCACCGCAACAUGCCUUAUUUAGUUGAAAUUCCUUCCUGGGACGAGGCGUUCAAACGUUUUAUCACAGGAGACUUUACGUUUGGUUUGCACUUUGAUCACGUGUUAGGCUGGUGGGAACAAAGGGACGACCCUAACAUUUUGAUUCUUACUUAUGAGGACAGAAUAAAGGAUCCAGCAGAUGCUGUUGACAAGAUAGCGAAGUUCCUAAGUAAAAAGAUCUCCCCUGAAACACGUGACCUUAUUGUCAGACAAACGUCCUUUGACGCGAUGAAGAGCUCCAGUCACACCAACUUUACUUGGUUUGAAGGAAUCAAGGGGGAUGGCUUUUUUAGAAAGGGUCAAGGAGGAGGAUGGAAAGAUUACUUUACUGAAGAACAGAAUGAAUUGUUUGAUAAGGUUUUCAGUGAAAGAGUUGGAGAUGGUGAGACUGCAGCUAAAUUAAGAGAACUGAUGUCACUGUAGUGACCCGGAAAUGAAACAGAAAGCAUUUCGUAAUAACAAAUUGAAGAAGAAGACUUAAUCUUAACUUGAAGAAUUACCUAAGCUAGCGAUUUUAUUGUGAGUUUAAAGAUGAAGUUUACGGCAAAGGGAAAUGUCUCGACUGAACUUAUAUGUCACUGAGUUAUCUUACUCUCAAAUAAACACUAUCAUAAUAAAAAAAGGGACAC